CGGAUGUUUUUGAGAAUUUUCGUAACACGUGUAUAAAUAGUUAUGGACUUGACCCCGCGCAUUAUUAUACGUUACCGGGAUAUACUUGGGAUGCCAUGCUAAAAUUCACGGGCGUUCGAUUCGAGUUACUCACUGAUAUUGAUAUGGUACUAUUUGUGGAACGUGGGAUACGCGGUGGUUUGAGUCAGUGUUCCAAUAGGUAUGCGAAAGCUAAUAAUAAAUAUAUUUCAUCGUACGAUCCGUCGAUACCGUCUUCAUAUCUAAUGUACUUUGACAUAAAUAAUCUUUAUGGUUGGGCAAUGAGUGAACCGUUACCGUACGCGGGUUUUGCAUGGGUCAAGAACGUCGAUUGUCUCGACGCGAUAUUAUCUGUACCAUCAAAAUCAAAUCUUGGUUACAUUGUGGAGGUCGAUCUUGAGUAUUCGCCCGAUUUACACGAUAUUCACGCGGAUCUUCCGUUUUGUCCGACGCGAAGUAGACCGCCGGGAAAACAAAGUGAAAAACUUCUCGCCACACUUUAUAAUAAGGAACGUUAUGUGACGCAUUAUCUCAAUUUGCAGG